UGUCCUUUCUCCUAGAUGCUCUUCAUGAUUCUUUGCCUCAAAGGAGUUGUGCUUAUUGUCUCAACCAUGGACCUGAAAAGGAAGGCUACAAACCUCCAGAACUUGGCUUCUGGGAUCCACCCACUGUUUAUGACCUUCAACAACAAAGUCAGAAAGGAUGUCAGUAAGAUUGAGGAAUUUCUUGAAGAAGUGUUAUGUGCUCCCAAGUACUUAAAGCCUUCACCAAAACACCCAGUGUCAAAUACUGUUGGCAUUGAUAUCUUUGCCAAAUUCUCUGGUUAUAUCAAGAAUGUGAGGCCAGAGGCCAAUGAAACACUAGAGAGAGGUCUUUUGAAAAUACUGCAGAAACUGGCUGAGUAUUUGUAUUCUCCCUUACCUGAUGAAAUUGAUGAGAACAGUAUGGAAGACAUUAAAUUUUCUAAGCAUAAAUUUCUGGAUGGCAAUGAAAUAACAUUAGCUGAUUGCAACCUGGUUUCCAGACUGCACAUUGUCAAGAUGGUGACCGAGAAAUAUUGCAACGUCAAUAUUCCAAAAGGAAUGACUGGCAUCUGGAGAUACUUAACUAAUGCUUGUAGUAGGAAGGAGUUCACCAAUAUCUGUCCCAGUGAUAAGGAGGUCAAAAUACCCAACAGUGAUGUCAUAAAAAGACUUACCAGGUAAAACAGCACUUACAAGAGAGAAGUCUUCAAAUCUUCCUUUAAUAAUACAUCUUUCCUAACAGACUGCCCCUCUUCCUGUGAAGUAGAAAUGUAUUUUGCAUGAACUUGCAGUUAUUCAACAUUAGGAUCGAGGAUAGACAAGGUACAGUAAUUAUUUUAAAAUAUACACUACUAAGCAGUAUUACUUUAAAAUUCCUUUUCCUUGCCUACUUCCCUGUCACAGUCUCCUUUUCUCCAGUUUGGAGUCACUCCAUCACAAGCUCUUCACGUGUGAGGCAGUUUGCAACCUUCACUAUUAUGUCCAUGGACUGUGUACAGAGGGCAGAACUUUUGAGGUGCAAUGUUUAACUCUUAAAAUAGUAGCCAUGACAUCAGUCAGCCCCAAACUGGUGCAUUGUACAAGGAAAAUUUGUUUAUUUAUUUAUUUAGUAGUAUUUCAUAAGAGCACAUGAAGGAUUGCUACUAUAUCAGGAACACUUUUCAAUUUAGUCUAUCCUGGAUAUGUACUAAAAGCUAUCACGACUAGAGAAGAGAGCCUUCUGCAGAAAAUCACUACAGAUUGUUGUUUUCUUUGUAGGUGAUUUUAAAAUUUUGCCUAAAAUCAUUUAUCCUUCAUAUGAAUUACGACAUCUGCCACUAUGUGGAAGCUAAAAGUUUAGAGGCAGGCAUGGUAUUCUCAAGAUCUCAAGCAUUUGAUUCUUAAAGGAGAAAUCUAUGGACACCUGAUUCUCUGUCUGAAUGUGUCACUGGUCGUGAAUUUUGCCCAGUAUCAUUUAUUUGGAACAUUAUUGCUUUCUUUGUUUCACGCAGCUCCUUUUUAAACAACAGUAAACCUUGCUAUUUGUAAAUCUUUUGAGUAAUACUAUAUAAAUCGGUAUUUAAUUAUAGCAGUAUGAUGAUUAACAAUGUAAAAAUUAAUUCUUACAGAAAUUAGCCUAAGAAAUGUAGACUGGGUUUGCCACAGUAACAAGUGAAUUUUGUUUCUAAAGUAUAUCUAAUGUAGAUCAUCUAGAGAAUGCAUUAUCCACCAUAUGUUAAAAAUGAUAAAACAUUCUCUUUCCACUUCCAUUUACUGUUAGACUUUGCAUGCAGGACUGUUCGCUGUUUUUGGAUUAAACUGUAGCUUCUUUGACUCUCAAAAAAAAUUAAAAAUAGUUGGGGAUAUAGUUCAGUAAUAGGGUGCCACCUAGAAUGCUGAAGGCAUUCUCAGUACUACAAAAAACAGACCAUUUUACAUUACAAUAAUGGUAAAUGGUAAGUAGCAAAAUAAUUACCAAAUUUUUCUAUUCCAAACCAUGGAAAUGGAAUUUUCUUUUUUUUUUUUAAUUUUAUUUAAGGAGAAAAAAAAAAAAAGCAGAGAAAGGGUACCAGUUAUAUAGAUUUACAGAAAAAAAUAAACAGUAGGAUAUCACUAGUUAAUGGAUUACAUUUUAUCAUCUUAGAAAUAACUGUUCUAGUUACAAAAUUAAAGCUUAUAAAGUGGACAUUCCAACAGUGAGACUGCAAAUAGUUCUGUUCAAUGAUCCAAUAAAACUCAGUAAUAUCAUUAUCUAUCUUAUACACUUACAUAUACAUGCAGUUAUAUCAUUUAGAGCACUUUCUUUUCCUCUCUUUUGUACAAUGACAAUUACACAUUUUGGGUGGAAAUGGAAUUUUCAUACCAUGUAUAAAGGAUAAGCAGCAAUUUCUGUCAAGUAAUUCAGAUGACAAAAAUAUGAAAAACAUUUACACUUUACUUGUCUAUUAGCUCUUGAAUCAUGUAAUUCAUUGUUUUAAAAACUAGCAUCUGAGAUUUUACUGAUAUUUAUGCUGUACUAUUUCGUAUUUGCAUAGAGUAACACCACUGAGAAUUAGAUGAACAAAGUAUAUAAACAUUAAAUUUAGAAGUAUUAUUAUUACUUUGGGCAGUACUAGAGAUUAAAUCCAAGGCUUCACUAGACUAAAUAAUCACUAUGUCAGUAGGAUAUGUCCUCAGACUAUAGAAAUCCUGUGGUUGUUUUUUGUUUGUUUGUUUGUUUUGUCUUUGGGAUACUGGGAAUUCAAUCCAGGGACUUCCUGGAUUGAGCUACAUCCCCAAUUAUUAUUAUUAUUUUUAUUAUUGUCAUAAUAGUAGUAAUAUUUUACAUUUUGAAACAGGGUCUCACUAAGUCAGUAGGUUGCCCAGGCUGGUCUAAAAUUUGUGAUCCUCCUGCUUCAACCUCCAACGGUGGUGGGAUUAUAAACCUGUGCCGACACACCCACUUUGGAAAUCCUGUUUCUUUUCAUUCUUUUAAAGAAGGCUAUUUGCCUUAAAAUAAUAGAGUAGAUUUGGGAGUGAUAGAGGAAUACAAGUGAAACAGGAUCAGCCAUAGGUUAGUAAUUAUUGAAGUAAUGGGUACUUGGAAGUUUAUAUAUAUUUUUUUAAUUUUGUGUUUGCUUGAAAAUGUCCAUAAAAAAGUUUAGAGCAAAUAAAGAAGGGCUGUUCUGUUAACACAGACAUUUACCUAAUUAGAUUUUUCUAUCAGAAAAAUAGAAAAAAAAAAAGAUGUAAGAGCAAAGUAACAUACAUACCUUUGUAGUAGAAAUCUUUUUUUUUUUUUUUUUUUGGUCUUUUUCUUUUUUAUCGGUACCAGGGAUCGAACUCAUGACUGCCUGCUUACAAAGCAGGCACUUAUGCCACUGAGCUAUUAUCCAGCCCCUGUAGUAGAAAUCUUUUGAAAGGGACAAGUAUUGUUUAUGUUAACCACUCUGAAAGAAAUUAUACUUUUGCUUGCUGAUACUAAAUUUGAACACCCAAUGGCUUAAUAGAAACUUCCUGUUGAGGCAAAAAAAAAAAAAAAAAAAAAAAAUUCCCAUGACAGUGUAUGCCAUCUUAAAGUUGAACAAUGAAUAAGAACUCUAAUGCUGAUGACAUAGCCAAGGUGGAGGCCCAUGAGCAAUUCCUACUGAUGAGCAGGAAUCAAGGGAGAGAUUGACUUACUUCCUAGGAUUAACCCUCACAGCUUGCCUGGUGAACUCAUAGAAUUGUUUCUUCUUGUAUUCAGAGUUAAGUCUGACAUCUGAGCUGUUGAUCGCAUUGAUUAAUUCUGUGGGAUUUCACUAUGUCAAUUAUUUCCUCUUUCAUUUAUUCAGACUUUCAGUCCAUUAGUCCCACCUUCAAGCACAUGUAAAUGUGUUUAUAUCUCUCAUAAUUUGCCCUCUUCCUCUACUAAGAUGGUUCUAGCUACCUUUUCCUCCUCUUCUUAAACAGUUAUUUCAAAAUAAUGGUAUUUUCUCCUGUUUUCCAAUUUUCUCUACCUUCAGUAAUUAGACUUCUGUGCAUACCACCCUAUUCCUAAAACUGCAGUGGUUAAAAAAACAAGCUGGGCAUAGCAGUACAUGUCUAUAAUUCUAGUGCAUGGAAGGCUGAGGCAGAAAGAUAGCCUCCGGUUUGAGACCUGUCUAGGAUUAAUGAGUUUAAGGGCAGCCUGAACUACUUAACAAGACCUUGUCUCAAAGGAGAAGAAGAAAAAGAAGAAGAAGAAGAAGAAGAAGAAGAAGAAGAAGAAGAAGAAGAAGAAGAAGAAGAAGAAGAAAAAGAAGAAGGAAACCACGAGUUGCAUAAUUAAUAAAUCUAAUGAUCAGUUAGAAGUUUUUGCCUUAGUUAAUUUCUCUGUUCUUAAAUAAUUAUAAAUCAGAUACAGGAUUUUUGUUGGUUUGUUUGUACCAGAAAUUGAACUCGGGACCUCUUGAUUGCCAGGUGCUUUGUAAAUACAGUUUUAUGUGCUUUGUAAAUAUUAGCUUAUUUAAUUCUAUAACAACCCUGGCAAGUAGGCAGGGACAGAGAGAGAGAGACAGAGACAGAGAGAGAUUAACUUGAAAAUGUCCUUAAUAAACAUUUCACCAUUUUUCACUCAUCAUCUACUUCUAUAGCUGUUAAUGUUUGCAUUUGUAUGGUGAAUUGGUUUCAAAGAUGACAACUGUCAUAGGUAGAAUAAUGCUACCCCUCAUCUUCUGCUAAACACCUGGAUCCUGCGAAUGUGUUAGGCUACAGAGUAAAGAGGAACUGAGGUUUUAAUCACCUGGUACGGAGAGUAUCCAGGUGAGCCCAUGGGAGCCUAUGGAAACCACGGAGUUCCUUAAAUGUAGAAAAUGCAUUUUCCUUAAAUGCCGAACAGAAAGUCAGAGGAGGAAAAGUGAAGACAGAAAACAAGGUUGGAAUGAUGUUCUGUGAGCCAAGCAUAGUUCACUGUUGAAGGCUGUGAUGGCUGAGGGAGAGACCAGAAGCUGAGGACUGAAAGAUGGUUUUUAGAUGUUGGAAAAACUGAGGAAACCACCUGUCUCCUAGGGUCUCCAGAAGGGAAUGUUGCUGCACGAUGCCUGCACUUUAGACAAGUAGGGUACACUCUGGCCUUCUACACCUACCAGACUACAACAGGUUUGUGUUGUUUUAAACCACCAAGUUUUGGUAAUUUUUAAAGUAACACUCCUUGAAAACUCACACUUAACUAUUCUAGGCAUCUUCUUUUGACCCCAUAAAGGUUGGUGUCCCAUUGUAUUUAUGUCUUUGGGGCAACUUUACCUAUUCUCAUAGUCUUAAUCACUAUCUAAACCACAUCUCCCAGAUCUCUGGUUGUAAUUCAUACAAAAUCCUGAACUUGGGAUGUGUGCUAUUUCUGACAGCCUGAAACACUUUGUUUCAGUGCCUAAUAGGCAACUCACAUUUAGCAUAUAACCUUCUCCUUAGGCACACCAUACCAAACAAAAACCAAAUCAAAAUCAGUAGUUAGGUUCAAUGUUACCUCAUGGAGAAAUUUGAUUCACUUCUCAUCCAAUUCAGUUUGUGAACAAAAUUCAUUUUUUAAUUUUGAAAGAAUUAAAUUCAUGGACCGAGGCACAACAAAACACAGAAUUAAAUUCAUGAACCGAGGUACAGUGAUAUACUGAACCCACCAAAAAUUGCAUACACACUUCAGGAAAAGAUAGUAUGGAUAUUUUUUUCAACAGAUGGUGCUACUGUAGUAUGGGGGACCCUAGAAGAUACUAUAUUUUGCAGUAAACUCACUAUAUUGCUGGCCCUGAAAGAAGAAAUUAAAAAUGCAUGUGUACCAACCUCAAUGACAGAUUACCCAAGCAGUAGUUCAUCAUACUAAUAAAUAUCUGGAAGCUGAUGGACACCACUUUGAACACCUCUUAUAAUUGUAGAGGUCAAAGGUAAUGUAUCAAUCUCACAAUGUCUCAAUAAAUUUAGUAUUAAAAUAUUUAAACAGGGGCUGGGGAUUUAGCUCAGCGGCAUAAACGCCUGCCUUGCAAGCGUGAGGUCGUGAGUUUGAUCCCUGGUACCGGAAAAAAAAAAUCUCUCUGUAAAAUAUGUAAACAGGUUUUUCUUCUGAAGUGUAUGUACAUUUUUGGUGGACUCUGUAUAUGGUGGUACCUCAGUGUAUUAGUUACUUUUCUCAUUGAUGAAACAAAAUACAGGCACCCAAAGUUAAGGGAGAAAAGAUUUAUUUAUUUCACAAUUGUAGAGGUUGUAGGCCAUAAUCAGCUAACUCCAAGGCAAGGUGGCACAUGGUAGAGAGGCAACCAUUCAUGGUGGUGAAAGACACCAAAAGCAACGAGAGAGAGACAAGAUUCUUUCUGUUCCUUAUAUUGUAUGCAGGCUACUUGCCAUAGGGUAGGCACCCUUACUUGCAGCAUUGGACAGUGAAUCAAUCACAAACUCUAGAUUCAGCCACCUCUGAAAAGCCUACCACCUAUGACUGCAUGAGGCUUUGGGGGGACAUCUAAACAUGAAACAUAACAGUCAGCUCCCAAAAGUAAUUCUUGCCAUGAUACAUCUAUAGCUAUAUGCAUAUAAAUUUAUACUUAGGGAUCAUUACUCAAUGUUUUGCUUACUCAUCCUCUAAAAUCCUAAGGAAGAUAAGUCUUAUUGAUUUUUACCUCUUUGACAUCUUUCUAUAGUAUUUCCUUCUCUCUGUCCCACCACCAGCUCUUUACUUUGUUACUUGCCUGGUUGAUUAUCUUUACUUCUCUCAAUUUUACUGAGAGCAUUCUGACUGUUACUUUUUGCUUAAGUUAUGCAUCAUCACUUGCAUCUCCCUAGCUCUCCAAUGUGGCCACCAGAAGUACUUCUCAAAACACAAUCUAAUCAUAUUACUUCAUUUCUUAAAAGUCUCCAGUGUUUACUCAUUCCCUCAAACACAAAACAAGGCAUAAAAAGAUUCCCAGACCAAUUCUCCAACGUGGCUUCUUGACAAGCUGUGCUAUUUAAUGCCUUGUGCCUUUGCAGUACUAUUCUUGUUGUUUGGAAUAGUCCUCACAUAUUCUAGCUGCUGUCCUCUUAAGCAUUACCUCACUCAUGAAGCCUUCCUUGCUCUUCCCAAGUAGAAUUAAACACAUUCUCUUUUGCUUUCCUGUACAUCUCCAUCAGAGAACUUAUUACUGUUGUAUUUAUUUUUCUGUCUUCCUUCCCCAGUAAACUUUUUGAGCUCCUUAUGAGUAAGAAGCAUAUUUUAUUUACUUCUGUAUUCCUAGCAUGUAGUAUAAAGCCUACACAUAUAAAGCAUACAUUAAUUGAAUACAAGCAAGUUUUGUCUAGAGUCAGAGAGAAGCAGAAGGAUUCUCAAAAAACUUGUGCUUAUUGGAGGAUAUAAUAAAAUCCUGUUGAGCCAGAUAAUGCCGUGAACUUCAUUUAUAAUCCUUUAAUUGUAGAUCAGCCACUAACUGGAAAAAAUAAUUUAGCACUCUAUGUCUAGUCUAGGGUCUAGUGUACAAUCUAUGGCUAAGAAAGAUGUAUUGAACAAACAAUUGGAUAUCCAAAGGUAUGAAAGAAUAGAGUACAUGAUGAGUGGAGGUUAACUGGGAGGGAAGAGUAGGAUUCUGACAUUACUACAAGGAGCAAUGUCAAGACACUAGACAUAGAAGUACAAGCACAGCAGGUUAGAGAAAAACAGUGGAUGCCAUAGAAGAUGAUAUGUAGGUAAUGGGAGACUGAGGUAAAGACAAGGAGAUGUGUAAAUAGGCAGGCAGGGGUACUCAAGGAUAUAGCUCAAUGAUUUAGCUGUGAGCUGAUGAAGUCUGGACCAGGAGAUAUGGAUAGCAAUAGAAAAAAAAGAUGUGUGGAAGAUGAAGGAAAGAUCCUCUAGAGAAGUUAGUCAGUGACUCCAUAAACAGAGAAAAGGAAUGAAGAAUGAUUCCAAGAUCUUAUGCCUCAGAGAAAUGACCAAAUUAAGCAAGCCGAGAAUAGGGAGCUGACUUUGCAAUAAAAUGCAAGCAUUUGGUUUUCCCAAUAGUUUAAGAUAGAAACAGAGGAGGGAUCACGACCAUUUUAGAAGACAGAUUAAGAGAUAAACAGGUUUUUUUCUAUAAACCCUGCAAUUGUUGUUUAGUGUAAUCUAUAAAGAUUAUUGUAGUUGGGCUGGAGGUUUAGCUCAGCGGCAUAAGUGCCUGCCCUGCAAGUAGGCAGUCAUGAGUUCGAUCCCUGGUACCGAUAAAAAGGAAAAAGACAGAAAAAAAAAAAAAAAAGAUUAUUGUAGUUGAUUAAUAGAGAACUUGAAACACAGGUAAGGAAAAAGUUAUCUGCAAUUCAAUCAUUAAAGUAUAUCCUUUGGAUAAUUUUGAUUUAUAAAUAUGUAUUGUAUCAUACACUAUUGUUUUUCAAUUAGAAACAUUGUGUGUGUGUGUGUGUGUGUGUGUGUGUGUGUGUGUGUGUGUGAGACAGGUUCUCGCUAUACAGUUCAGGUUGGCCUUGAGCUCACUUUGUAGCCAGGCUGAUCUUAAACUUUCAAUGAUCCUCCUGGUUUUAACUUCCUGCAUGCUGUGACUAUAGGCAUGCACCACCAUGCCUGGCUAAGAAAUAUCAUUUGUCUUGUCUUGUCUUGUUUUGUCUUCUUUCUUUCUUUCUUUCUUUCUUCCUUUCUUUCUUUCUUUCUUUCUUUCUUUCUUUCUUUCUUUCUUUCUUUCUUUCUUUCUUUCUUUCUUUUUCUUUCUGUACAAGUUUCAAACUCAUGGCUUCACUUGCCAGGCAAGCCCUUAUGCCACUGAGCUAAAUCCCCAGCCCAGAAAUAUUAUUAUUAUUUUUUUUACUGACAAUCUUCUUGGACUUUUAAAAACAUCUAGGGUAAAUAAAGCAUAUAUAUUUCCAGUGUUCUAAAAAUAUUUGAAUAGCACAGAUUUAUGUGUUUUUUACACAGGAUCUUUCAUUGUAAUCUUUCUUUAGUUCUGCUACUUUCAUUCUUCUCAAGGAACUACUCUUAGAAGGUUGAUGUAUUUUUUUACAGAACAUUUUCAGUGCAUAAUUCCAUUUGCACACAUUUUGUAUUUAUAAACAUUUAUUAUCUAUUCAGAUGUAUAGCUAUACCUCAUAUAUGCUUAUAUAAGUAAAUACUCAUGUAUGACAUGACUAUAAUUACCUCAUAAUAUUCCAUAUUAUGAAUGUGUCAUAAACUUACUAGUUGAUGGCUGAACAUCUAGGUUGUUUUUAUUUCUGCAUUUUAAAAUUCUGCAACAAAAAACAUCCGUCUCAUAUUCUGUCUUUAUUGGGAAUUCUCCUGUUUCAUUGUUGAAUAUACUUGUGUUUAUUCUUUGUCAUGAUGAAGUAGGUUUCUACUAUUCCUAGUUUACUGAGAUUUUAAAAUCAUGAAUAGUUGCCAAUAUGGCAAAUGCUUUUUUUGGUUUCUGUUGAGAUGACAUUAUUGUUUGAUCUGGGAGUGUGAUAAAUCAUAUGUUAAGAGGUAAUCCUCAUUGCAUGCCUGAAUUAGCCUUUCUUGGUAAAUUAAUCUCUUAGUAAUUUACUACUGAGCUCAAUUUAUUUAUAUUUUAUUUAAGAUUUCAGAUCUAUCAUCAUUUGUUGAUAUUUUUAACUUGACCAGGAACUGGCUUCUAGAUGUUUAAAGGAUGUGUCAUUGCAAAUAUCAGAGGCUUGAAAAUAGACACACACUCGGCAGCCUAGGAAUCUGGGAUGUCUUCCACAUAGCUCUUGUAAUAAGUAACUGCUGUGGUUCUUAUUAAAAAUAGGAAAAAGGAUUUCCAGCCCCUCCUGUGCUGGAAAGAUCCUGCCUCUUCCCAGGCCUCUGAUUUGGAGAGCAGGGCUAGAGAGAGCCUCAUCGGCAGUACAAGGGAUGGAACUCACGAAUGCCUGCUUGCAAGAAUAUUUUGGAAGCUGAGAUGGGGCGCAAGAAGACAGCUACUGGACUCUAAGCAGUGAAUCUCGGCAUAGGAAGCUACCAGAACCUGCUUGGAUCAAGUUAGACCCUGCAGUCUCCCAUAACAUCACUUAAGAGAAGACUGAAUUUCUUCACAACAGAAUCUCCUAGAACAUGGCCUGUUAAUAUUCUGAAGAUUCGUGCCGGGAAGACCCAAGGGACAGCGGUGGAAGCCAGAAAGUGUAUGCCAGCAGGAUGAAGGAGCUGUGCUAGUGGGAUGAGGGUUCUGCGCUGGAGGCGAGAAGUCACACUCACAACAAAGAGCGGGGCUGUCCUGAAAGGAACCACAGCUGUCCUCAGUGAUACAGAGGCCCUGAGCUCCUCCAAGGACAAGCACAGUCGGGUACAUGCCAGGAAGCAGCGUGAGGAGUUCAUCCUGGAGACCAGGCAGCACAUGUCUUCCCCUCCAGAGCCAGGAAGCAAUGUUCCAUGUGAGGACCAAAGCUUCCCCAGGAGAACCAACAGCUCAGACAGCAACUCGUAGGAGAACCCACAAUACCUCCUUCACGCCUCAAUCCCCACCUCCACCUCUCUUCUUCUCCACCUAUUUAUCCUGGCAACCCUCCUCAGGUGGAGCAUCUUCUCUCAACGCAUACUGAUGUAAUCCAGCUGGCGUUAAAUUGACCACUAGUUUUCAAACCAUAACAUCCUCUUUAUCUCUUUUGAUCAUUGUUGGUUCGAAGUUCACAUUCUCUGCAAACAGAAAAGCUACUCCUGGUUUUUCCUGGGUUCCUGUUACAUGGAAUAUUGUUUUCUGUCCUUUGGCUUUCCAUCUGUGAGUUUCUAUUUGAGUUAGAUGUGUUUAUUGUAUAAAGUAUAUUGUUGGAUCCUGUUUCUUGAUCCAUCCUGCCAAAUCUGUUUCUUUUCAUUGGUGAACUGAGGCCAUUUACAUUGAUAGUUAUAAGUGAUAUGUAUCUGCUUAACUUUGUUAUAUUGUUUUCCUGUUGUUGGUUCCCUGCCUACUCCCUUGUUUAAUUGUUUGCCUUGUCUGGUGGUUUUUUCUUUUGUUGUUAUGGGAGUUGUGAUCGUUUUUAUCUCUAUCUAGAAUGCCUUUUAGCACUCUUUCUAGGGUUGGUUUGAUGGACACAAAUUUCUCCAGUUGUUCUUUGCCAUGGAAAUAUCUUACUUCUCCAUCAAUUUUGAAAGAAAAUUUUGUAGGGUACAUCAAUUUGGGUUGAAAGUUUUUUUCUUUCAGGGCUUAAAUGUUUAACACCAAGCUCAUUUUGACAGUUUGUGUUGAGAAUUCAACUGUGAAUCUAAUGGGCUUUCCAUGAUAGAUGAGCUGUUUCUUUUUUCUACCAGCAUGUUUUCAUGCUGAAUUUCUGUGAUCUUGAUUAUUAUAUGUUUGGGUGUAGAUUUAUUUUGGUUAUGGCUAUUUGGUGUCCUAUAUGUUUCCUUAUCUGUAUAUAAAUUUCUUUUCCCAUGCUUGGGAAAUUUUCUGCUAUUACUUUGGCAAAUAGUUUUUAUGUCAGUGAGUUGAUUUCUGCAUUUUCAUUGACACCUAUCAUAAUAUAUUGUUUUCUUUGCGUCAUCUUGGAGGUGUUGAAUUGUUAUUUCAUGGCCCCUUGUUAUUUUUAAGAGUUCUUUUCUUUUGUGAUUGCUAGUUGUGAACGUGUCUUCAAGAUCUGAAAGUCUGUCUUCAGUUUUAUUCAAGCAUUUUUGCCAGCUUUCAGUGGAAUUUUAGUCUCCUGUAUGUCCUUUUGAAUUUUUUCAUGCAUUUUAUUUUUGCCAUAUUUUUUAUUCAAGGUUUCCAUCAUUUCCCCAUACUCCUGUACUUUGGUAUCUAUCUAUUCUCUGCCUAUGCUGAGCAACUCCUUUAUUAAGGUUGUUACUACUUUCUUUACCUGAGAUAUUGUUUCUUUUUUAAAUUUUUUUUUAUUUUAAAGAGAAUAAAACAAAGCAAAACAAACCAAAACAGAACAAGGCAGAUCAGAACAGAACAAUGCAAGCAAUACAGAACUUGAAAACAAGACAAUAGUACAUAAACAGUGGCUACCAUAAUGUCUUGGUUUUUUUUGCAAUAGUGGACCAUACUUUUGCACACAAUAAUCAAACAAAAUAGUAUAAAAUCAAACAAAAGAAUGAAAGCAUUGCAGGACUUCAAAACAGAUAACAGGAAAUGAACAAUGGUUACUACAAUACCUCAUUUUCUUCAAAAAAGUUGUCCAUACUAUCACACAUAAUUAAACAAAACGUAACAGAACAGGACCAAUCAAAACAAAAAAAUAAAGGCAUGAUAAGAUUUCAAAAUAAGAUGAUAGUAAAUCAACAAUGGCCACCGUAAUGUCUCAUUUUCUUCAGAAUAUCUGCUCAUCUCAUCACACAUAAUAAAAUCAAACAACCACACAGAAUAAAACCAAUUAAACAAAUGAAUGAAAACAUUAUAAGACUUCAAAACAAGAUAAUAGGAAACUAAUCAUGAUUACCAUAAUAGAUCCCAUUUUGUUCUAAAUAGCUGCCCAUACCAUCAGACAAAGUAAAAUGUAACAAAACAAGACAGAACAAAGCCAAACCUAACAAAACUGUGAAAACAGUACAAGAGUUCAUGUCAAGACAAUAAGAAAGUAACUGUUGUUACCCCCUUCCCCUCCCAGGUGUUUCCUCUUUCACUUUUACAAUAACUAUUUUGAUUUUUGGAUCACAUUCACUUUCUCUGUUUCUUAUGUUAAGGUUCACUCAUAUGAGUUCAAACUGUCUCGCCCAUGAACAUGAUCUCCAGUUGCAUUCAUUUACCUACAAGAGCCUUGAGAUUAUUCUACUUUAUAGCUGGAUAACUUUCGAUUGUGUGAGAACACCAUAUGUUUCUUAUCCACUCUGUAGUUGUUGGGCAAGUUACCCUUAUUUGUUUUCUGGUCUCCUGUUGCAUGGAACAAUUGUUUUCUCUCCUUUGAUUUUCAGUCUAUGAAUUUCCUUUCCAGUUAAAUGUGUCUAUUGUAUACAGUAUAUUGAUCGAUUUUGUUUCUUGAUCCACUGAUUGUUUCUAAUCUGAUUUCUUCCAUAGCAUCAUGGAUUUGUUUCUUUAUUUCACUUGCUAUCUUUUCAGAAAUUUCAGGAAUAUGACUUCCAGUGUCUUCUAUUUUAAUGCCUCCUGUACUUGUUUCUAAUGGGCUGGGUGUUUGAGAUUACAGUUUGCUUUUUUCUUUUGUCAUUUUCACCUUUUGGGUUAAUAUUUUGGUCUUGUGUGUUUUAGGGUAAUACUGUGUGGAUAAUAUUCACCCAGUUGCUGGGUCCUACAAUAUCAAGGAUCGGCCAGUCACCUGAAUUCCUCCUUUGGGCCAGUUACAUGAAUCUUAUAGUCGUCCUAGUCUGACUAGCCUAGGAGUAUUAAUGUGAACCAGCCCUUGGGUCAUAUUGUUACUGCAACUUCAGGCUGUCCCAGGCAUCAGACCUACCUGUGUAUACUGUGUGCCCCAGCUGGGACCCUAAUGUGUCACUGAGGGUUUUUAGGUCCAGUUGGGUUUCUCUGGGUUGGAGGAGGCUUUGCCAACACUCUUAACAGCUCACCUUUGGUUCUGUAUAUGCAGUGAUUCAACUACAGUUGUGCUGGCUCCUAAGGUCAUCUGGGUGAGAGGAGGGUUCACUGGGGCACCUGUUGACAUACUGAGGUGCUCUACUGUACUCUGACUGGCCUGCUGAGGUCCUCUGGGUAAAAGGAGGGGCUGCUGAGGCUCCCACCAGCCCACCAAAGUACUGCAGGUGGUGGAUGGUCUGUCAGCAGCUGAGGUUCUCUGAGUGAAGGGUGGAGCAACCAAGGCUCCCCUCAGCUACUGAGGUCUUUCAAGUGUGGGGGAGGGGUUGCCAAGGUCUUUUGGGUGCAGAAAGAGGCCUGCUUUGUUGUUUUUGAAAUGGCUUUUCAAAUGUAGUUCAGGUUGGUUUUGAAUUCACUAUGUAGCCUAGGCUGGUUUUGACCUCAUGGUGUUCCUCCUGCCUCAGCCUACAUUGUUAAUGUUUUAAGAAAUUACACUGGGGCUGGGGAUUUAGCUCAGCGGCAUAAGCGUCUGCCUUGCAGGCAGUCGUGAGUUCGAUCCCCGGUACCAAUAAAAAGGAAAAAGAGAGAAAAAAAAAGAAAGAAAGAAAGAAAGAAAGAAAGAAAUUAUAUUGGAUCACAUCUAACCACAGUUUAAAAUCUUUCAAUGGGUUUUCUUCACAGUAAAGAUAAAAUUCAGACUCCUGAGCUGGGUGUGGUAAUGUUUGUCAGUAAUCCUGGCAGUCAGGGGACUGAGGCAGGAAGAUUCCCACCCAUGCAUUUGAGACUGGAUUGGGCUACAUAGUGAGUUCAAGUCCAGGCUGAACUACAUGAGACCUUGUUUCAAAAAACAAAAGCAAAUAAAAUUCAGACUCUUA